GGGCGCGACAAUAAGCGGCGCAAAUCCCGCCAGUUGGUGACUAUUUCUCGUCUUAAUUUCUCCCGGUUCUCUCGUGCUUCUUCCGGUGCCAGCUCGUGCACGUUUUUCUUGUUGAUUCUGCGGAGUUCACGUUUCGUGUCGUAAGACUUAAAAAAUGCGUUACGUGGCCGCUUACAUGCUGGCUGUUUUGGGAGGCAAAGCCUCACCAAGCCAAAAUGACAUUGAAAAGAUCCUGUCAUCGGUAGGAAUUGAAACUGAUGCUGAGAAACUGAAGAAGGUCAUCUCUGAACUGAAUGGAAAGUCGAUGGAUGAACUAAUCUCCAAGGGCAGAGAAAAACUAUCAUCCAUGCCAGUUGGCGGAGCGGUCGCUGCUGGUGCCCCUGCAGCUCCUGCUGGUGGUGCAGCAGCUCCAGUUGAAGAGAAGAAAGAGGAAAAAAAGCCGGCUAAGGAAGAAUCUGAAUCCGAGGACGACGACAUGGGCUUUGGCCUGUUUGACUAAGGACGCUUAUCUUCCUUCAUUUUUUUAUCUUGUCAUCAGAUCGAAAAACGUACUGCAUUCUGCAGCAGUGGUAGGAGUGACUUCCAACUUUUGUAAAUCUUAAUCAGGAUUGGAGCUAAUGCUACUACUGGAGAAUAAAGCAUACUUUUAACUGAA